AUGACUACCAAAACUCUCUUGGCGGUUCUUCCGCUUCUCGUGCAAAUCUCGGCUUUACCUAUGCCAUAUCAACUUCGUCUCAAACGUGGUCUCCUGGAUUCGGAUUCUCCUCUCUCGUCCCUUGACUCAAACACCAACGGGGAUUCCGAUACACCCCUCAAUGCCAACGCUCUCAAUAUCGGCAAUCCCAAUGAUAUCGCUCCUCUUGGUUCUUUAUCUAAUCUCGAUGCUUUGACCAAUCCAAUCCAGUCGACUCCAUUGGACACAGUCACAAACCCACUUUCUACAUCCACGAACCCUUCCACGGAUUCUUCAGGAGCACUAAACAUCCUCAAUGGUAAUCCAGUACUUGGUACACUCACAACACUCGGUAAUCAACUCGGUUCUUCUCUCGGUAUCGCACCUACAGACCUCACCGCCGGUUUAUCUGCUUUAUUGGAUAAAACUCCUCUGGCGGUCAUCUUCAGUCACACCCAAUUGCUCACUAAAGAUAAUUUAAUCUGUACGUAUGUAUCUGGGAAAUUCAUCGAUAAUAAAAUAUACGAUCUCGGAUGUGCUUGUUUGGGUAAAGAUGGAUUGAGGGUGGAUGAUGUGGCGGGUGUAAAUAAUGUGUUGGGUUUGAGUGCUUGGGCAGCAGCUCAAAAUAAUGGGAAUGAUGGAGAUGGAGUUAUUGGAGGUCCAGAUGGGGAUGAUGAAGGUGAUGGAGAAUUUGCUUGUCCUUUUGGACCGCGUAAGGCUGAUGGGUCUUGCCCAAUACUCCUCGGUCUCCCACCUAACCACUCUGCUGAUCCUUCCAACCCUGUCAACUCUCUCGAUCCUCUAGACCCCCUCGAUCCUUCUGUGGGAGUGACGAUCGGUACUGAACCUCCUUGUGACGAUAAUAACGAUGAUAAUGGUGAUGGACUUGCUGGUCCUGUCAACCCUUCCGAUCCCUCGGAUCCUUCCGGUUCUUCCGACCCUAUCGGUGGUGAUGAUGGUGAUGAUGACGAUAUUCCCGAUUUUGUUCCUACUUCUGCUGUCCUCCUUGCUCAUGCUCCUUCGUCAACUGCUGGUAGUGGAACACCUACGAAUCAAGCUGGAAAUGUUGCUCCGACUGUGGGAUCGACAGAUGACGAUGGAAACAAUGACGGAAAUCAGGAUGGUGUACCAGCUGUCAUGGUAACUUCUACCAAUACGAUUGUUGUUCCUGCUACUGCAUACGUUCAAAUGAUUACCGUCACUCAAACUGUCUACGCUACUCAAACUGUGUACUCUGCCGGCUCUGGAUCCGGAGGGGGAAUGUGUGGACAAUCUGACGAAAUCAUUGCAGCUCAAAACAUACCUUCCAACCCUUCUACUCCUUCUGCUAUCAAAUCAUCUUCCGCCACCCCUACUCCUACAUCUUCUCCACAGAUGAUCCCAACCAUCAAUCAAGUCGCUUCUUCCAUUCCUACCAGUAGCUCAUUCCCUUCUGCUUCUCCAAGUGCGACCUCUACCUCUACCCUUCAAUUCAACGUUGUUCCCACUUCGAGUCCUGCUUUCGUAAACUUGGUUAUACCUUCUUCCAUCCCAUCGGUAUCAGCAACUAUCACCCCUUCGGUGAACUCCAUUCCUUCCACCGCUCCGAUUCUCUCGAGUUUCAGCGUGAAUGUUGAACCAUCUGCAAUCCCCACUUUAGCACCAUCUACCAUUCCCGAUGAUAAUUCCACCAAUACGGUUGGGGAUGAUGAUGAAGAUGGUGAUGGUUUCUUUGGAAAAGGACAUGUUUUACUUUCACAAUGUCCUAGAGGAGAGAAAAGAGGAAAAACGAAAUGUUGUAAAGAGAGUCAAACGGAAGUUAAUGGUGAAUGUGUAUGUGAUCCUGGUAAAGGUCUUGAUCCCAUCCUCUCCAUUUGCGUAGAUUUAUGUCUAGACGCUCUUGGUCUACAAGUCCUCUGUACAGACCUUUCCGCCGCCGUCGGUCUUAACGGUGUUUCUUUACAUGAUAAUACCGAUCUUGGAGGAAUAGCCAAUCUCAACACUGGAUUAGAUCUAGGUCUUCCUAUUCUUUCCAACCCAUCUGAUUCGUCUCCAGGAAAUGGAGGUUUGUUAGGAAGUGGUUUAUUAGCUACACAAACUCCAAAUGAAACUCCGAAUCAACAAAUUUCGAAUUCUCCUAUUGACGGAGGAGUCGUAAAUGGGAAUGGAAAUGAAGGUGGUUUAUUCGGAAAAGGUGGUUUAUUAGGUCUUGGAGUUCUUAAAAGGACUUUAAGUGUAGAUCUUUCCACUUUGACCGGAAUGGUCCAUUUGACUCGUGAUUCCACUUGA